AUGUCCACUGAAGGAACACCAUGGGUGACGACGCCCUUAAUUGAGUCUGCGAAUCUCUCCAAAGCCGCCGGCUGCAGAAUCUUCCUUAAGCUCGAAAACCUUCAACCAGCCGGCUCCUUCAAGUCCCGCGGCGUUGGUAACUUCUGUCGCCAUGCACUACUCCACGCAAUCGAUCAAGGACACGAUGAGGAUAAAGUACACUUCUAUACCAGCUCCGGCGGCAACGCUGGGCUGGCCUGUGUCCAUGCCGCUCGCUUUCUCGGCCGGCCAGCCACUGUCGUGGUCCCGAUGAGCACGAAGCAGAUGAUGAUUGCCAAAAUCACUGCUGCCGGGGCGAGCGAGGCCGUGCAACGUGGCGCUAGUUGGACGGAUGCAGACCAGUACUUACGAGAGGUUGUCAUUAAGCAGGCGGAGUCGAAGGGCGAGAUUGGGGUGUAUGUCCCGCCGUUUGAUCAUCCGAACGUGUGGUCAGGCAAUGCUACUAUCAUCGAGGAGCUAAAGUAUCAGCUUCCAGGAGUGGCUCGAGAGCAAUCUGCUCACCCGGACGUAAUCGUGUGUAGUGUGGGUGGAGGAGGACUGUUGAAUGGUAUCGUGCAGGGAGUUCAAGAGGAGACGCUGAUGGAAGGGACCACGGUACUAGCCAUGGAGACAGUGGGAGCUGACUCGCUGGCGGCCAGCUUGAAAGCGCGUAAGCUGGUUACGUUGCCCGGCAUUACGUCCUUAGCAACGAGUCUGGGCGCAACGAGAGUGAGUGAGCGAACAUUUCAACUAGCUACGGAGUUCGGCGAGUCAGGUCGCUUCAAGAACGCAGUCUUGACUGACGCGGAAGCGGCGAUGGGCUGCUGGCGCUUUGCCGACGAUGAGCGAAUGCUGGUCGAGCUAGCCUGCGGUGUCAACGUAGCACUUUGUUACGGAGGUAGGCUGGAGAAGGCGCUUGGUCGACCGGUCAGGAAGGACGAAAAAGUGGUCAUUGUAGUCUGUGGCGGUCAGAACGUGACUACGGAGAUGGUUGAGGGAUGGCGGCAACAGUUUGGUGACUUGGAUAAGGAAGGCUCUGACGGGCAUAUUGCGACCAUACCCAGUGCGGCUACUGCACCAGACAGAAGAUAG